AUGCUUAUCAAAGAAUUUCGUGUUACCCUUCCUGUCACUGUUGAAGAGUAUCAAGUAGCUCAAUUAUACUCUGUAGCGGAAGCUAGUAAAAAUAAUACAGGUGGAGGUGAGGGCAUAGAAGUUUUAAAAAAUGAACCCUUUACGAAUUAUCCACUCCUUGGUGGAAAAUAUUCUUCUGGUCAAUAUACAUACAAGAUUUAUCAUUUAGCAAGCAAAGUGCCUGCUUAUAUUCGCAUGCUGCUACCCAAGAGUUCACUGGAGAUUCAUGAAGAAGCAUGGAAUGCCUACCCUUACUGCAAAACUGUUAUAAGUAAUCCUGGUUAUAUGAAAGAAAAUUUUAUUAUUAUCAUAGAAUCUUAUCAUAUUGGUGAUAUUGGAGACCAAGAAAAUGUUCAUGAACUUCCUCCAAAUAAACUUAAAAUAAGAGAAGUUGUACACAUAGACAUAUCUAAUGAUCCAAUUGCUAGCGCAGAUUACAAAGAUGACGAAGAUCCAAGGAAAUUCAAAUCUGAAAAAACAGGUCGAGGACCACUGGUUGGUAAAGAUUGGAAACAUCAGAUUACUCCAAUAAUGACCUGUUAUAAACUGGUUACCUGUGAAUUUAAAUGGUUUGGUCUACAAGCACGUGUAGAGAGCUACAUUUUAAAGGCUGAGAGGCGUCUUUUUACUAAUUUUCAUCGACAAGUUUUUUGCUGGAUUGACCGUUGGCAUGGUCUUACGAUGGAGGAUAUACGAGCAAUUGAAGAUACAACAAAAGAAGAGUUAGAUAGACAAAGACAUAAGGGUGAAGUACGAGGAAUGCGUGGUGAUGAUUGAGGCUUUGAUAAAUACAGUGUCAUAAGAAGAAUGGAAUUUUCCUUCAAAGUAAUACUAACC